AUGUCGCAACACACAUCGUUUUUGGCUAAACGGAAGAUAUGUGACAGCUUUUUCUGCGCCUGGCAACGUGAAUUGCAUCGUGAGGAGGAUUGGGCAGCUAGCUAA